AUGCAACAAUUCGUACAAGGAGCUCUCUCCGCGCUCGGCCUCAUCGGCCAAAACAGCACCAACCACAAAUUCGACACACUCGGUCUCGAGACCCUAUCCCGAACACUAUCACUACCAUCCUCACAGUCACAGUUACAGCAAAACGACAGCGAAGUUUCCUCGCUAGACGCUGCCGCCCUCCUAGCAUGGUUGUUGCUUCUCCAGAGAGAAGGUGGCGAAGAUGAUAAGGUGGAAGCCUUCAAUUGGGGACGGAGAAGCGCUACCGACGAUGACGGAACGGAAACGUCGUCACAGUUUUCUGUUAAGUUGGUACUUGGCUCUGAGGGCUUGGAUCAGAUGGCUAGUGUGAAGUGUGUGCUUGAGGCUAUUAGCAGCAAGGUCACCGGGCAAGAGGUGGCUGUGACAGAGGAGAAGAAGAAGGAGACGACGCUGUUCUUUAACGAUGGGAAGGAGGCGCCUGAUUCGGACUCGGACGCGGAUUUAUUGGAGAGGAUCAAGGAAGAGGGGUAUGAGACUGCUCAGCGGCCGAACUGGAAAUUCCAACUCGAGCUCCUCCCCUCAGAGGACUCCCAAGGCCAGCAAGGGCAGCUGACCCUCCAACUCCAAGCCUACUGGUUCAAGAACGUCUCCGACGCUCUCACCACCUCCCAAGCCGAGACAACCACCAUCUCCUCCCUCCUCGAGCCCCUCCCCUGCGACCUCAACACCAUCUGGUCCUACAACGCCGUCGUGCCCCCCUUGAUCGACCGCACCAUGCAGGACAUCAUCUCCGAGCAAGCGGCCGCCAACCCUUCCAAGCCUGCAGUCUCCUCCUGGGACGGCGAGUUCACUUACGCUGAAGUCGAGUCCAUGUCCGAUUUGCUCGCGCGCCACUUGGUCGCCCGCGGCGUCAAGCUCGGCGGCGUGGUCCCUUUGAUGUUUGAGAAAUCCCGCUGGACCAUUGUCGCGCUCUUGGCCGUCAUGAAGGCCGGUUCGGCAUUUGCUCUCACGGAUCCCACUUCCCAGCCUGAAGGUCGGUUGCGCGUGAUGGUGGAGCAAACGGGGGGUGAUAUCAUCGUCGCUUCUGCUUCGCAGGCUGAACUCGCGGCCGUAUGCCUCCCUUCUACUGGCAAGGGGCAGGUGAUAACCGUCUCCGACGCUCUUUUCACCGCCUUCUCCUCUGAUUCUACCCUCUCAGAAGUCACCCUCCCCAUCAUUCCCACAGAAACAACCCCCUUGUACAUCCAAUUCACCUCCGGCUCCACCGGCAAGCCCAAAGGCGUCGUGAUUUCUCACGCCAACUACACCUCCGGCGCGUUGCCUCGCGCAGAAGCAGUCGGUUACAAGUCUUCGUCUCGCUGCUUCGAAUUUGCUUCUUACGCUUUCGAUGUUUCGAUCGAUUGCAUGCUCUGCACCCUCGCGGUCGGCGGAACGAUUUGCAUUCCCUCGGACGCAGAUAGGAUGAACGACCUCGGCGGCGCCAUCGUUAAGAGCGGUGCGAACAUGGCGCAUAUGACGCCUUCCGUUGCUAGAGUCUUGGAUCCCGAGGUUAUCAAGGGUCUUGAUGUCCUUGGCCUUGGAGGAGAGGCGGUGUCAGCUGCUGACGCAGCUGCUUGGUCCCGCGGCAAGACGUCAGUUAUCGUGGCGUAUGGACCCAGUGAGUGCACGGUUGGUUGCACAGUCAACAACGUCUUUGCUAAAGACGAAGCGGCCAAGAAGAAGGGGUUCACUACGGGAAACAUCGGUACCGGCGUCGGCGGAUGCGGAUGGGUUGUUGAUCCCAAUGAUCACGACCGUCUCGUGCCCGUUGGCGGAGUGGGUGAACUACUCAUGGAGGGACCCGUCGUUGGACUUGGCUAUCUCGGUGAAGAGGAAAAGACCAAGGAGGUAUUCAUCGAAGACCCCAAGUGGCUCGUUGCUGGCCAUGGCGAUGCCCACCCCGGCAGACACGGCAGGUUGUACAAGACUGGUGAUUUGGUCCGGUACGACGCCGAUGGCUCGGGUGCCUUCGUCUUUGUUGGACGCAAGGAUGCCCAGGUCAAGCUGAGAGGUCAGAGAGUCGAGUUGGUUGAGAUCGAACACCAUUUGCGCGCCAAGUUGCCGGCUGGUGUGAAGAUUGCUGCUGAGGUUAUCAAGCCUAACGGUGGUGAUCCUACGCUGGUGGCGUUCCUGGCCGAGACUAGCUCGACUGGUAUCUCGGCCAAGGAUGCCUUGCAGAGUGUUGUUCAGGGUGAGGUUAGCUUCUCGCCUGAGCUGCAAGCUGCGUUGGAUGGUAUUGAGGAGGCUCUCGGUGUUGAUCUGCCUAGGUACAUGGUUCCUAAUGCCUACAUCCCCCUGCGCGAGAUGCCAUCUCUGGUGUCGGGCAAGAUCGAUCGCAAGACGCUGAGAGCUAUGGGUGCUGCUAUGACUAGGGACCAAGUCUCCGGAAGCGCGAAGAAGGCCAGACAGGGUGGCGAGGGCGGUGCUCCUACCACCGAGAUGGAGAUUGCUCUUCACAAGGUAUGGAAGCAGCUGCUUGGUACUGAGCAGGAGAUUGCGGCUGGCGAUAGCUUCUUUGCUGUUGGCGGUGACUCUCUCAGGGCCAUGAGGCUCAUUGCUGCUGCCAGGGCUGAGGGGGUCAAGUUAACUGUCGCUGAUGUCUUCCGCUACCCCGUCCUCAGGGACAUGGCUGUUGUCGCCACCAAGGUCGAAGCCCAAGAUGCUGAUGGUAAGGACAGCAACGAAGUUGCACCCUUCUCCCUGCUUGAAGCCGACUGGGCCGUCGAAGACGUCAAGGCUGAAGCCAGCAAGCACUGCGAUAUCGACCAGGAGCUCGUAGAGGACGUCUAUCCCUGCACCCCCCUCCAAGAAGCCCUCAUGGCCUUGUCCGCCAAGGUCAAAGAAGCCUACGUCGCCCAGCGUGUUCUCAAGAUGGAAGGCCGCGCCGCCGCCAACAAGCUCAAGGCCGCCUUCGAAGCUAUCAACGCCGACUGCGCCAUUCUCCGCACGCGCAUCAUCCACUCCCCUCGCGGCCUGAUGCAAGUCGUCGUCAAAGAGCCCCUCCACUGGAACUCCGCUCCCACCCUCGCCGAGUACCUCGAGACCGACCGCAACGAAGAAAUGGACCUCGGCAAGCCCCUUGUGCGCUACGGCCUCAUCCAGGACGGUGAAGCCUACCACUUCGUCCUGACCAUGCACCACGCUUUGUACGACGGCUGGUCCAUGCCCCUCGUCGUCGACCGCGUCAACCAAGCCUACCAGGGCCUCACUCCCCGCAAGCCCGCAGCGGAAUUCAAGCAUUUCAUCAACUACCUCAACAACACGCUCGACCGCUCCGCGUGCGAUGCCUACUGGAAGGACCAGCUCGCUGGUGCCACGGGCCUGCAAUUCCCUGCCUUGCCGUUCGAGGGGUACCAAACCCGCGCCGACUCGCUCUGGGAACUUUACGUCUCUCUCGAUGGCCGGAAGCCGCCUUCGAGCCCAAACACAACUAUCACACUAGCUACUAUCGUCCGCGCUGCUUGGGCGCUGGUAGCAAGCCAGUACACAGCCGGUAACAACGACAUUGUCUUUGGCGAGACGUUGACCGGCCGUAACGCGCCCAUUGUCGGGGCAGAUGAGAUCGAAGGACCCAUGAUCACCACCGUCCCUGUGCGCGUGUGCGUUGAUAGGGAGCAGACUGUGUCUGAGUACCUCCAGGGUGUUGCCGAGCAAAUGAUCACGCAAAUCCCCUACGAACAUGCUGGUCUGCAGCACAUCCGUCGCUUGUCCGACGAUGCCUUGCAGGCGUGCGAGUUGCGGACGGGUAUCGUUCUUCAUCCCGCUGCCGGCGAGGUGGGCGUUACCGAGGAUACCCCAGCCACCGGCCUUGUGCCCGCUGGUGACACUGAGGCGGCGCAGGAGGCAUUGAAGUUCAAUACCUAUGCGCUGAUGCUGGUUUGCUCGCUCGAGGCGGAUGGGUUCCUUGUCAUGGCGUCGUUCGAUUCCAAGACCGUGGAGAUGGAUGUUGUUAAGAAGGCGUUGGAUCAGUUGCAGAAGGUUGUCACGCAAUUGUGUGAAGAUGGAAGCGGGGAGAGGAAGGUCGGGGAGUUGGAGUGCUUGACCGAGAAGGAUCGCGAGGAGGUGAAGAAGUUGGCGGGUGUUAAGAACCUCGCCGUCGAGUCUGAUCCGUUCGUUGCUGGUGUCAGCGAGGAUGAUGUUGAGGGUGUCUGGCUUGUUGAUGCUGCUGAUGCUAGCAGGCUGGUGCCUGUUGGUGCCGCGGGUGAGCUCAUUGUUGAGACCAGCAAGGAACUGUCUUCUCCUGCUGUCCUCAUCGAGGGUGUUCCCGGCUGGUACACUGGCAGCAAGAAGCUUUACAAGACUGGACAGCUCGCCAAGUACAAGGUCGACGGCGAGUCUACCUCCCUCUGCAUCCUUAAGGCUUCCGAGCCCAAGACCGAGGUGGCUAAGAAGAAGGCUGCGUCCACCGUCGCUCCCUCGGCUGUUGCUGCGACUUCGGCCAAGCAAAAGACUCUGCGCAAGAUUUGGGCCAAGCUGCUCAAGGUCAAGGAGGACAGCAUCUACCUCGGCGACAGCUUCUUCAACCGCGGUGGUGAUUCCAUCACCGCCAUGAAGCUGGUCUCGGAGGCACGCCAGCAGGGUCUCAAGAUCAGCGUUGCGCAGGUAUUCGCCAACCGCACGCUGUUCGACAUGGCCAAUGUCAUGCAGACCACCGGUGCCGUGGUUGACGACGCUUCGGCGAAGGUUGAGACCGAGUACAAGCCUUUCUCUCUUCUCGAUGAGGACAACAACAAGGACAGAAUCGUGGAGGUCGUCAAGCAGUCUCUGGCUGACAAGGCCUGGACCGUCGCCGACGUUCUCCCUACCCGUCCCCUCCAGGAGAUCGCCGUCCGCGGCACCGUUGAGCUCCCCCGUUUCUCUCUCCGCUAUGAGCUGAUGCACUUCAACGCCAUGGUCGACAAGGCCGCGCUCUUCCGCGCGUGUCACGAAGUCGUUGCGCGCAACGAGAUCCUGCGCACCGUCUUCGUCCGCGGUUCCGACACCGACAAGACCUGCUACGGCGUCGUCAUCGACAACCUCAUCACCGAAAUCGCCGAAUAUGAGACCGACAACAGCGACGUCAAGGACUUCGCCGCCCAAGUAUGCAAGCUCGACGCGCAAACGCGCAUGCCCUACGGCUCCUCCUUUGUGAAAUGGUUCUUCAUCACCAACGGCACACAAUGCUCUCUUGCCUUCCGCCUCUCGCACGCCCAGUACGACGAGAUCUGCCUCCCCAUCAUCUUGCACCAGUUCCACCAGCUGUACCUCGGUUCUCCCGAGUCUGCUAUCCCCCCCUCCUACCCCUUCUCCCACUUUGUUGCUCACACCAUCCGCGACUCGAUCCCCGCCGCUAUUCCAUACUGGCGCAACCUCCUGGCUGGCUCAAGCGGUAUCACCCGCUUCCGCCCCGACACACCCAUUACUUCACGCAAGCAUUUCGCCAUUCACCGCGCAGUCGACAUCUCCUCGCGCUCGCGCGACGUCACAGUCGCCACUUUGCCUUCGGCAGCCUGGGCUUUGGCCCUCGCCCGCCAUGUGAAGAGCGCAGACGUCGUCUUCGGCGAAGUCUCCUCCGGCCGGUCGGUCGACGUCCCCGGCGUGAAGGACACCAACGCCGUCACGGGCCCCACCUGGCAAUACGUCCCCGCCCGCGUCAAGUUCAACUCCCCCACCAAGCCCAUCCGCACCGGUCACGAUUUGCUGGCCGAGUUGCAGACGCAGCACAUGGCUUCUUCCGCUUACGACAGCAUGGGUUUGGAGGAGAUCGUCAAGACUUGUACCGAGUGGACUCUGGAGAAGGAUAUGUGGUUUGAUACGGUUGUUCAUCAGGAUGUUGCGCAUGUUGAGAAGCUGGAGUUCUCUGACGGCGCGGAGAAGGAGGGGCAGGGAGCCAAAGCGGAAUUCGAGACGCUGUAUUGCUAUGAGGAGCCGCUGAGGGAGUGGAAGGUGCAGGCUUUUAGAGACGAGAAGGGCGAGGAGAUGGUGUUGGAGAUUGUCACUAUGGAGUGCUGGAAGGAGGAGGCGGAGGUGGUGUUGGGUGAGGUUUGUGAGGCGCUGAAGCAGUUGGUUGAGAGGCCUUGGGAGGAGUUGGAUGUCGCUAAGGUCGAGGAGUAG